CAUAGAUUGUAAGUGUGUGAUAGAGCAGAUAAUGGGAUGGCUGCACUGCGAUCUGUUUUGUAUUUAACUGGAUUCACUGGAUUAGGCUAUGCAUUAAUGAAGCUUGUAUCCCAAGAUGAUAAGAGUAUGUAUUUGAAGAAACAUCCUGAAGUUCAUAAACUGCACAGAAACGAAGCUUUACAGAAACGCAGAUCUACAGUUGAUGUGCAGCAUCUGGCAGCUGAAGAUAAAGAACCAAUCUACCGAAAGACCAGAGAAGAAUUUGAUGCUGGAAAAUAUCCACUUUCAACAAAGAAAAAGUUUUGAAUAUGUAGUUGGAUAAUUUUAUGGACGUUUAGAAUAGUUUGAAUUGAUUUAGAGUGGCACGCAUAUAAGUUGAGAUUUGAACUAAGGAUAUAAUACUCAGUAGGUGGAAAGGGUGUGUAACUUCCUGGUGGUCAGAUAUUUAUCAUUCUGAAAUGGAUAAAUUAUGUGGAGCAGAAAUUGUUACAGGAAGAAUACUGAGACGUGAAAGAGAACGUCGUCAUGCAAUGAAAGAAAAGAGAGAGAAGAAAGAAGAGAAUAUGUUAAGUACUGAACAGGUUAGCUAUUUUGUUGACACAUUCACACAGAAGAGAGAUGAGAUAGAAGGUGCUUUGAAUGCAGCUGAUCUGGGAGAGGUUGAAAAAAAUAAACUUCCCUCACAUUUUGACAAGAUCAGCAAAGAUAUUCUGAUUCUUCAACGAUUCACUUCUGACUCAAUACCAUAUCUUCGAGAAUAUGACAUACGUAAAUCACAAGAAGCUAUUCAGAAUUUGCAACAGAAGUUGCAGGAGCUUGACAAAAGGCUGCUGCCAAAAAAGAAAUUUGGUUUCAAGAAAAAAAGUUGUGAUACUAGAAAGGAAUCAUUCCUUCAAAAGAUAGAAGACACUGUAGAUUCGAUUCCUGUUUCCACAUUACCGUUUAAGGCUUUAUGUGGUUACACUGAAAACAACUGUGGAUUUUCUGGUAGAACAGAAGAGAAUCUGUCUCUUUCUGAUGAAGUUAUAUGCAGGAAAGAUAUAGUACUAACAAAUUUAGUAGGCUGCACUGUCAAACUGGUUGGCUCACCUAGUACUCUUCAUAUGGCAUCACUUCACAAUUGCAGAAUCAUGUCUGGACCAGUUGCAAGAUCAGUGUUUAUUGAGGACUGUGUGGACUGUACUUUCAUUCUUGCUUGUCAGCAGUUACGUAUCCACAACACAAAACACUGUGUCAUGUACUCUCAUGUUACUAGUAGAACUGUUAUUGAGGAUUCAACUCAAUUGGGGUUUGCGCCAUACAGUUUGAAGUAUGAAAAUAUGGAGCACCAUUUUAAGAUAGCAGGCUUAGAUAUAAAUAUAAAUAACUGGAACUUGGUAGAUGAUUUUAACUGGUUGGCAAGUGAUAAACCUUCACCAAACUGGCAUAUAUUGAAAGCUGAUGAGAUGAAAGAUGAUUGGGUAUGAUUGAUUGUAAAAUACAGGAGUAAAUAUAUUGUGAGCUGUAAUAAUGUAAUUUUGAAAUGAUUAGGAUAGAGGGCACUGACCUUUUAACUUGUAUUUUUGGAAAGCAUAGAAUGUAAAUCAUUUUCUUCUAAAAUACUUUUACAGCAUGAGGUUGUUUUGAAUAUUUUUUUGCUUCUGUUAACUUUUGUUUCUAAUAAAAUAUCUUAACUAAGGUCA